GCGUGCGCACCUGCGGCCGGGCGGUUAUAGGCAACCCGACGAGGACCGCCGCCGCGUCCUAUCUCUCGUCCUGUUGUCGGCUUAUCGCGAUCCCUUUCACGCCGGCCGCUGCGCGUCACUGAUUCCUAUUUCUGUGGAGAGAUUGCUUAUCGGCUGAGCGAGUACUCGUCAUCGUCACCACCUCUCGGCGGCACAUACCUCAGUCAGCCGGCGAGUGGCGAGAACGCGCCCACAGCCAUCUGCCAGACGCUCCACACACAUCCACAUCACCAUCAUGCCCACCACCAUGCAGAUCAGCUACGACAGGCCGGAGGCCACGUACUACCCGGGGGAGACGGUCACUGGGCGGGUGGACUUGCACGUGGACAAGCCGCAGAGGGUCAGAGCUGUGAGCAUUGUCUUCAAGGGGGAGGCCAACGUGCGGUGGUCAGAGCGCCACAGCACCGGCACUGGCAAGAACCGGACAACGUCAAGACGAACCUACUCUGCGCACGAUACGUACUUCAGCAACAAGAUCUACUUCGUGGGGGGCGACUCGGGCGAGAUCACGCUCAGUCCCGGGGACUACGUGUACGCCUUCCAGUGCCUCCUGCCGCACUCGCUGCCCAACUCCUUCGAGGGCGAGCACGGCCACAUCCGCUACACAGCCAGGGCGAUCAUGCACCGGCCGUGGAAGUUUGACCAUGCUGCUCGAGCGGCGUUCACACUGGUCGCGCCGCUGGACCUCAACAUGAUCCCCCAGGCCAAGGUACCCAUUGACAUGGAAUCGAGCAAACACUUCUGCUGUCUUUGGUGCAAGUCCGGCCCUCUAACCAUGAUCGUCAGGGUGCCGAAUGGUGGCUACGUCCCAGGGCAAACCAUCCCUGUAGAGAUUCAGGUUGACAACGCGAGCACCACUGAAGUGCAAAACAUUCGGGGCACCCUAAGCCAGAACCUUAAAUGGCACGCCACAUCCAAGACGAAGACGACAAGAAGGAGAAUGGUGGACCUGGUGUUCGACAGCCCGGUAAAAGGCCACGAUUCGAAGAUCUUUUUACAGACGAUCCUCGUUCCACCUGUGCCACCGUCCUACCUACAGAACUGCAGGAUCAUCGACUUGGAGUACUAUCUGACGGUGACGGCCAGAUUCGGCAGCGCGCACCUCGACUUGGAGAUCAGGGCGCCCAUUGUGAUCGGCACUUUCCCGUUGGUUGGGCCGAGCUAUCCGGUGCCCGGGCCGGGACCGAGCGCAGCUGGUCCAAGCAAGUCGGCUGACCCCAGUGACCCCCCUGCCUACCCAGGAGGGCCGAUGCCGAGCGCACCACCGGGCAUUCCCUCCCCUGACCUCCCGCCCCCAAGUUACGAGGAGUGCGUUUUCCAAGGAAACAAUAUUAUGGACGCGGAUGACGGUGACAACCAGUACACCAUGGGCGCCCAGAACUUCACACCGCGUUACCCGGUGUGGAAUCUAAGCACACCUGCGUACCAGAAUCAGACGCAUGAGAAAUACUAGGACCGGUGGCAAUGUGCCAAAAAUGUGUGAGUGGCUACGCCUCAAGGUUGGAUGCGGAUGGAAUAGGGGAUCAUGCAGAAGUACGUCCACCAUUUGCAGUUUCGAAGCUCUCAUAGCGCCUGGUAGGUAGGCAACAUCUUGCCUGCAGUGCAUGCGUGUACUGCGGAAUGGCCUACCCUGAGUCUCGCAGGCGCCGAGCUUCCGUCAUUUGCCGAAUAAAUCUGAGAAAAACGGACGUACUUUCUGGACGAUCACUUGGCAAACCAGCAACACUGAGGUGUAUUUGGUGUACACAUGGUACUCAGGUACUUGUGUAGAAAUAACUUGAUAGCACAUAGCGGUAAAAUUUAUUUCCUGUGCUACACUUUGGUGAUACGACCUGUGAUAAUUUUCUACCAAUAAAAUUGGAUUAAAUGCGAA